AAAUGAGGCGGAGGGAGCACACGGAAAUGUGCACACUCGCUCUAAUCAUUUAGCCAGCCAUCCACGUGCUGUUAGUAGUAGAGCUGAAUAUUAAAGCAUGCCACAAGGAAGCAAUGAAGGGAAAAUAAUCUGAGCACCGGAUAGGAGAGACAACAGACAUGCACAGGUGUCGCUACAGAGAGAGAAGGAGUGAGAGAGGGAGGGUAAUGUAGAAGAGUGUGAAACGAAGAGGAGGGAUGAAGAGGAGGGAGGAAGGGAGAUAUAGGAGGAGACUUGACUUACUUCAGAGAGGAAUUGGGGCCGAAGAGCAAUUCAGAAACAGCUGUCCGGCAGACGUCCCAGUCGACAGAAGUGCAGCCCUGAGGCAGAGACCGGAGGCAAGGCAGUGUCAAGAAGACAUAAGAGAAGACACUGAACACAGACAGUGACAGUGACUCGGGAGGAUCGAGCCUUUCUAAGACAACAGAGCUCAUUGGAAUCCAGCCAUCGGAUCUGUGCUACAGCCUUGUGAGAACUGCAUGGACAAUGUAACGCUGAUGACGUAACUCAAGAUUCUCCUUGGGGAGCUGUAGUCCGGAAGUUUUAGUACACUCCUGCUUUUACCACGAGCGCCAAAGUCACAGCCAUGCCAGCAAAAGCACCUAUAUAUCUGAAACCCGCCAACAGUAAAAGGGGGAAAAAAUGUCGCCUGCGCGAUAUUUUGUCACCAGACAUGAUAAGUCCGCCACUUGGCGAUUUUCGACACACCAUUCACAUUGGCAGAGGUGGACAGAGGGAUGCCUUUGGAGACAUGUCCUUCCUCCAAGGGAAGUAUGAGCUAUUACCCGGGAAGGGAGAUUUCCAACCUCAGUAUGGUAUCCAAAGUGAGUUUCUGCGAGCCAAUAGUACAGGCGAUGCGUCUUUUGUGGAGACCCCAUCUCCUGUUCUCAAGAAUGCCAUCUCCCUUCCUACCAUUGGUGGCUGUCAAGCACUGACCCUACCACUGAUCACCUCUACUGUAUUCUCCAUGCCCCCAGAGCCCCUGGGGCACAUAAUGGGGCCUAUUUCCUCAGUGAGGCCUGACAGUAUUGAGGAUGUAGAGAUCCUACAGAUGGAUGCUUUGUUGCACUCAAUGGAAAACUUCAGCAACAAGGCCUUACCUCCCCCUAGAAACAUCCAGUCUAAACCUGAUGUUGUUCUGGAUCUCCUGGAGAAUAUGAGAAAGUCCAACUCUAAAGUUAUUAAGGCUAACAUAGCAAACAAAAACGAGAGCAGGGUUGAGAAGCAAUCUCAUUAUUACAUCAACGGUCAUAGUAGCAGUAGCUACAAAGCUAAUGGAAGCCUUCACAGCAAUACAAGUGGCGACAGCUUUGAAAGUUAUGCAAAAGAUGACUACAAGGCCAAAAUUCACGAUGAUGGCAGUAGUAUCGUUGACAAGAAGAGCGGUUUAGGACAUUUUUGCAACGACAUUAAUCUGGAAUUCAAGCAGGAGCGCUCCAAGUGCAAGGGUGAAUGGGUGGACAGAGACAGUGGGGUGGAGGAGGGCCGCAUCUGUGAUUUUGACAUUGAGUUUUCCAAAGAGAAGUGCACAUCACACGAGUCCCUCACCCGAAUCACAGGGUCACUGCUCUCCCUUGAACUUGAUCUGGGCCCAUCCAUCCUGGAUGAUGUGCUUAACAUAAUGGAUAAACCCGCAGUGAAAAGCAGGCCUUGAGCUGCACUGAGGCCCUUAGAGGAGAAAGGGAAAUGAUCAAAUGAUCAAACUCAAGCCAGGAGGAGACAAAGGACUAUUUGAGCUACGUUAGACAGAGCUGACUAUGUUUUCAUUAUAAAAACAUAUAACUACUCUGGCUUUUAUGGAGUGUUUUCUCUGUAUUUUUUUUUUCUUUUUGGGCCAUGCCGGCAUGUUCAUAUGCAUGUAGUACUGAGUUACAGUACUGUGCCUUUAAUUGUCUUUUUAAGAAAAUAAAUAUCAUACAUAGUUCUCCAAUGCAAUAUUCUGUGUUUUUUCUUUUCCAGAUUUGAGUGUCAAACACUGUUGUUUGUUUUUAGUGGGUUUACCAAAGCACUAUUUGAUUUUGUUCUUAACUGAUCUUCAUUUUUUUUUAAAUGACACAACAGUAUGCAUCAUGUUUUGAAUUGUAACACAAAUAAAAUCAUUUUGUUUGAUCAUGUCACUUUAUUGAUGCCAAUGUGAGAAUGUAUGGUGCUAAAUCAAGGCCAAAAGUAUUGUAAUCUGAAAAAAAGAAAUGAUUGAAAACGAAACAAAAAAAUGUUCUUGAAUCUUUCAAAAGCUAAUAAAUAACUAAAUAAAUAACUAACUAAAUAAAAAAUAUAUUUUUUUUUAAAAUUAAAAACUUUUUUUUUUUUUUCAGUUACAAAGUUGAUAUUUUCAGGUUCAAAUUAGGGCUGUCAAAAUUAUCACCUCAACGGGUGGUAAUUAAUUUUUUUAAUUAAUCACGUGAAAAUAUUUGACGCAAUUGACGCAUAUGCCCCGCUCAAACAGAUUAAAAUGACAGCAGAGUGUAAUGUCAGCUUGUUACUUGUUUUUUGGUGUUUGGCGCCCUCUGCUGGUGGUUGGGUCCAACUGAUUUCAUGGCUUUCAGCACCAUGAGUGAGCAUGGUGUAAUUAUUGACAUCAACAAUGGCGAGCUAUUAGUUAAUUUUUUGAUUGAAAAUUUUUACAAAUUUUAAUCAAACGAAAACAUUAAGAGGGGUUUUAAUAUAAAAUUUCUAUAACUUGUACUAACAUUUAUCUUUUAAGAACUACAAGUCUUUCUAUCCAUGGAUCGCUUUAAGAGAAUGUUAAUAAUGUUAAUGCCAUCUUGUUGAUUUCUUGUUAUAAUAAACUAAUACAGUACUUAUGUACCGUAUGUUGAAUGUAUAUCUCCGUCUUGUGUCUUAUCUUUCCAUUCCAACAAGAAUCUACAGAAAAAUAUGGGAUAUUUUAUAGAUGGUUUGAAUUGCGAUUAAUUACAAUUAAUGAAUUUUUAGGCUGUAAUUAACUCGAUUAAAAAUUUUAAUCGUUUGACAGCCCUAGUUCAAAUAUAACUUUUUGGUUUCCGUUAUCUAAUUUUCACCUUCAGAAUUUUUUUUCACUUUCAGAUCUUAUUUUUUCACUUUCAAUGUUUUUUUUUUAACAUUCAAAAAUGUUUUUUUCGCUUGUUUCAAAACUUUUGGCCAAGUUCUGGCGCGGGGGGUGUAGCUUCGACAAGAGGCGUGUUGGCUUGUAAGACACAGCCUAUCAAAGCGACCUCAAAUGAUGCUGCCUUCAGGAAAAGUGGGUACUUUAAUGGAUUAUGACGCCACGCUUUGUUCACUUUA